AUGACUGUGGCUGUCAUUUGGUAUUUCAUCCCAGGCGGGUUCAAGCAUUGUCGCACCGAUUCAGCCAAAAACUCCCUACCCUCAUAUCUGUGGCGGAACGGGACAAUACAUUUCAUCGUUCUGCUCUUUCUCAACCUCGCAGAUAUGGUGCUCGAUGUUAUGAAGAUAUUGUUCCCCGAAGCUGGGUCGAGCAUCGAGGUGUACAGCCCCCUUCCUCUCCUUAUCUUCCCUAUCACAUCCAUCAUCAUCUCGCGCUUCACCCUACAGCUAUGUAAAUUAUAUGUCACAGCUCAAAAUGCCGAACAAUCACUGAUAGUUCCGACCCAUUCCGAGGAGCCGACGACGACGGUUCCUUCUAUGGGUCCGUACACAUCGAUCAACUUGAACAUGAAUGCUUCGCCGCAGAUCCGGACACGCCUGCGCAAUUGGGCUCCGUAUUGGGGUUCCCAGAGGACAUCGAGGCCAAAGACCGUAAAACUCUGGUGA